CGCGCCAACUCUCGAGUGGAUUGUAUCUCGAUGUCGUAUUCAGUUUCCUUGCGGUCGAUCUCUAUAUAGCGGUCCUUCUGUGUGUAUAGUCAAGUGCGAGAGACCAAGAGCGCACAGGAACAUACGGCUGUGCGCGUGGGCAUCAGUAAACCGCGUCAAGAAUACGGAGCAAACGCGCAUUGACUCAAAGCAAACGACGAGAGUUAAAAAAUAUCGAGAUAUAUCGAUAGAGGCGGACGACGUGUGAUCGUCGUUCUCGAGAUUUAGGAAUAUAAGCCGAGAGAACCAUUAAGUAAGUACUUGGAACAGUGUCAAAAAUCGCGACGUGCGCUUUCGAAGAAACGAAGACCGUUGUUGUCCACGUCGGUGACGGUGUGACGGCGAUUUAUACCGAAAAGUAUUCUCUUCAUCUCCUGCCGGCUCGUCUUGGACGACGUAGUACGCGCUACGACGGCCGCAGGAGAGGGAGAUAGCUUACGAGCGGACUCGAUAGUAAAAACGGCGAGAUCGACGCAACGCGCACGGACCGAUUGACGUUCUUACGCACAGAGACGGACGGACGUGGUGAAGUCGCGAAAGAAUUCUUGUCUGUGAUGUGCCUGUGAGCGAUGGAAUCACCAGUCAUGUACGAUUCGGCGGCCCAUCAGGCCCAGGCCCAGGGUACGGUCGAUUUAAAAAAGUCCCAGGUGCUAAGCAACAACGGCAACAAUCACAACAACAAUAACGCUGCGACGAAUAAUAAUAAUUCCGCGCUGCAGAUCAACCAUAAUCACAACCAUCAGCAACAGAAUAACGCGGUGGUAAAGGUCUCCGGCAGCAAGGCGAGCUUGCAUCAGCAAUACGCCGAGCACUGUGCCGCCGCCGGUGAGCUUACCGAUCUCAACAACCCGGAGAUUUCAUUGGAUCUCCAGAAUUUGAUCGACGAUAACAAUUUUGGUGACGGUUUAUUGGAUAUGCUCGGUACCAAUAACAAUGCCAUAAAGCAUGUUAGGCCGAGCGGGUAUCCGCGUACAACACUCGCCUAUAUGCCGCAGCCAGUGCACAGCGGUGCGACCUAUCAUCAGAACAGCAAUAGUUGCAGUGACAGCAACAGUACAAGUUCGGAGUCCCCUAGCAUCAAAGAGGAGCCGUUGGAUCCGGCAGAUUAUAGACGUCACUGCCCUCAGUACCCGCCUACCGGUUACAGUCCGGUGACGAAUAACCCGUUCGCCAAUGGUGGACAGACCUUCACUACCUUGACGCCGUCCACGAUACCGACCGGUCAUCCAGGCGCGCCGGUCCAUCAGCCGCCAUCGCGAGGUGGUCCUAUGAAGGGGCCAGUAAUGGCUCAUCAGCAUCACACUAGCGCGAACGUCGCCAGGAAGCAAACCAAGGCCAUUGACAAGGCAAGCGACGAGUAUAGGCGACGACGGGAGAGAAACAAUAUCGCCGUAAGGAAGAGCCGCGAGAAGGCGAAGGUACGAUCGCGCGAGACUGAAGAGAAGGUCAAACUGCUGGUGAAAGACAACGAUCUGUUGAAAAAGCGAAUCGAACUGCUCACCGAAGAACUCAACGUGCUCAGAUCACUCUUCAGCAGCGUCGGUGUCGUGCCUGAGCAACUACAUCGCGAGAUCACCAGGCACCUCGACCAGUUCCAGCAGCACGCAGUCGGACCUAUGUAGCAACAACAGCAACAGCGCACGGACAUCGCUACACAAUUCGAGACGAUAUCAUUGUCUGACGACGUCGUCGUUGAUUCGCGUCCCUGGGCUAUCAGGCCACUCCGAUUGUGAGGCGAAGUCAAUCGCGCGUCUUCCGCUUCCUCCCGCGCCUGCCCGCAACAUCGUGUAUCUCCGAAGAGAAGUCAUCUUUCGUCUUCUCUAUUUCCCUCCCGCUUGCUUGUUCUCUUUCUUUGUCUUUCUUUUUGCUCCUCCUUUCGUCUUCUACGUCGUCCACGUUUAUAUCUCACUCGACUCGUAACGCGCGACGCGGACGCACGUGCAUGCGUGCGCGCGUCGUCGUUGCGUCGAAAGCCGCGAAGACGCGAGCGUGGGAGGGAAAAGAGAGGAGUCAACGAGUCAUGUAGGAGGUCGAUCGAGAAGAGCAAGCUACUCUACGCAAGCUUGCCACGAUUGAAGAAUACGAUCGGCGUGGUUUACGUAGAAACUUCGCAUUUCGUUGGAAAAGAAGUGCCUCUGCCCGUGGUAUAAAUAACCCUUCGCUCAAGAGAAUGCUGUACGAACACUGAGAAAGCGAUAGGGUGGACAAAACCUGAUAAAUAAAAACAAUAAAUUAUGAAGAAUCGCGUGAUCUGCAAGAGCGUGCCAUGCGUGUUGCGAUUUUCUAACAUAAUAUAAAAAAUCGUCGCUUAAAAUCGAUGAAGUACGCAAGAAAAAUAGUCUGAUUUUCUUGUUUUUUAUUCAUCUUUUUCUUUUUUUAUUCAUCUUUUUUCAUCGAUCGCAUUAUUUCUUAGUAUUGUUUACUUCCAUUGUUUCUUUCUUAACUUACCGAUUAAAUAAGU